UGCAACAAACUGCAGAGGUUCCCUCGUCCUGAUUUUCACUUCAUGUUUUGGAUGCUGCAGGUCGGGUGAGCGGAGAUCCCGGGCUCCGGCCCAGGCAGCUGCCCUGCCUCCGGUGCUGCCAUGAAUCACUUCCAGGCCAUCCUGACUCAGGUCCGAAGGCUGCUGUCCAGCUACCGUCCCAGCCAGGUGCAGACCUUCCUGGACAGCCUGCUGAAGGAGGAGCUGCUCUCCAGGGAAUACCACUGUGCCCUGCUCCACGAGCCUGACACGGAGGCUCUGGCCAGGAAGAUCUCCUUGACCCUGAUGGAGAAGGGAGACCUGGACGUGGCCCUCCUGGGGUGGGCCUGGAGUGGGCUGCAGGCCCCGGCGGCCAAGAGGAGCCCCAUCCAUAGGGACCAUGGUGGUAAGUUGGCACCCCUUUCGCUCAAGGAGCAAUGA